AUGAUGGUCCAAAGCCAUUUGAUGUGGCUUGCCCACGUUCUUCCGGCUGUUGUACUCACCAUCACCGUGCCUACUCUAGCGACUCCCUCUCCAGCUCCGCCCUCGGGUUGUGGUUCUGAGAACUUGAUUGAGGAUGUGGCUUUUGAGUCUAUUGAUCUCGAUGACAGUGUGUGGGCUGUCCUGCCGCCCAAUGGCGGUGUCGCUGUUGAUGGAUACCUGCAUCUGAGUGCCGAAGCCAUCCAAUCACAGACCCUGUUGGCCCAGACAGUUACCGGCGCCGUUGCGGAAGAGAGUUAUACUGUCUCUUUCGAUUUCCGCCAGACAGCUGGCUCAGGCGUUGAUAGUACAACCUGUACCGUGAAUCUCCUACUCAAUGGCGCAGAUGUCGGCACCAGCACUCUCACAGCCGGUUCCUGGAAGACCAUCUCUAAGCAAUGGACGGCUGUUAGCUCAGAAGUCGACAUGUUCAUCCUGAUUAAUUGCCCUGAUGCGACGAUAUCGGGCGCAACAGUGGAUGUGAACAACAUCUCGUUCGAGAAGAGAUGUGGUUCAUCCGUCUCGACCAGCGCCUCGGUCCCUACCAAGACCCCAUCAGUUUCGCCUGUAGCUACCAGCACUCCGCUCGCUUCUUCUCUCUCCUCGUCUGGCCAUUCCAGUUCUGAGGGAUCGGAAUCUUCAUCGAACAUCUCCUCAGUCUCGCCAAGUAGCACCGUAGGCCCUAUCACCUUGACAACCACUAUCACUGGGCCCGUAAAUCCCGCUUCCAGCAGUGCCAUCGAGGCCUCAGCCUCAACCCCUGGAGCCCCAGCAUCUUCCGAGUCCACCGCACUUACAAUCCCUACGUCCGUGGACCCCACUAGCUCCUCCCCAGUAGGAGCCCCUACGCCGGAUAUGACAACCUCUACUGUCUUCACCACCCGCACUGCGACUAUCACAGCCUGUCCCUCGACUGUCACCAACUGCCCACUCACCGACAAGACAACUCACAUCACAACCGAGACUAUCGUUGUCUCGACCACCGUCUGCCCUGUUGAAGAUGCAACGACCACUACCGCGGGAUUCAGCCCUACCGGCCCAUCUGGCAACGGCAACGACUACACAAUCUCAACAAUCCUCUCAACCAGAACCGUCACCCUAACCCAGUGUCCAGCAACAGUAACUGGCUGCCCAGCUCGCGACCAGACAACACACGUCACGACCGAAACCGUCGUUGCCGGUACCACUUCAGUCCCCAUCAACACUGCCAUGACCACCACGGCACCUGGCGCAGUGCAUACAUCGUCUGUCCCUGUGCAGACAACCACUAUGGUCGUUGGCACUGAGACAAGGACUUCGACUGCUUACUCUGUUAUCACCGCCACAGGCACCGCUACUACCGAGGGUGGUGUUGUUGGUGAGACUAGUGUUUCUCACGUUAGUGGAAAUGGCCCUAGUUCCGGAGUGUCAGCGGGCGAGGGUGAAGGUGAAGGUUCGACCGGCCCUGGCUCUAGCUCUAGCGUCCCCUCUGGUAACAAUGCCGGCCACCUCUCCAGCCUGCCCGGCAUCACUCGCACACACAUUAGCUCAGCUACACCUUCAAACUUCACCGGCAUCCACUCAGCCACGGCCAAGGUUUCCCCCGUCACAGCCUCCUCUCAUACUAUCGCAGGUGCAGGUACAGGCACAGGCUCGGGUUCUACUACCGAAAGCAGCAGCUCAGCAAGUGCAUCGCCUGUGUUCAAUGGUGCUUCAUCCUUCACUGUUUCCGGCGUCUUGUCUGCACUUGGUGCUAUCGCCGCUCUCGCGCUUUUCCUUUGA